UCAAAAGCAGUACAACUGGGAUACAUAAAAACCAUGAAAAGCCAAUUGGUAGGAUUUCUUAUGAACUUUUGGAUUGCUUUUUCACUUGCUUUAUAUUUUCACAGUGGAGAAAGAGAAGAGAAAUGCAUAAUCGAAGAUGUUCCCAGUGACACAUUGGUAAUUGGGAACUACAAAGUACAACGCUGGGAUAUACAUAAACAAGACUUUCUUGAAUCUGCUCCUGGUUUGGGAAUGUUUGUGACUGUCACCACUCCUUCUGCUGAGGUACUAUUGUCAAAACUGUAUGGGCCACAAGGAACAUUUUCUUUUACAUCCUAUCUAUCUGGGGAGCAUAUUAUCUGUUUACAGUCUAACUCCACAAGAUUUGUGGCAUUUGCAGGAAGUAAACUGCGUAUCCAUUUGGACAUUAGAGUUGGAGAACAUUUUUUGGAUGAAUCUGUUGUUCAAGCCAAAGACACAGUGAAUCAAGUUACUGUCAGACUAGAACAUCUAAUUGAGCAAAUUUAUCACAUAUCCAAAGAACAAAACUAUGAAAGAGAGCGUGAAGAAAAAUUUCGGAAGACAAGUGAAGAAACCAACAGCAAUAUUUUGUGGUGGGCUAUUGUACAAACACUAAUCCUCAUCUCCAUUGGAAUCUGGCAAAUCAAAUCUCUUAGAGAUUUCUUUAUAUCUAAGAAGCUUGUUUAAGCCUUAUAAAGUAAAUGCACAGUUUUGAAAAUUGCAUACCAUAUAACACCUAACAUCCAAAGAAACCCUGUGUCUAUGAGAAAAUUUGUUGUAUAUAAGUGUCAAGCUUCUCUCAUCAUCUGCUUUGGUUCUUUAACUCUGGUUUCCCCAUCUGUGUCACAGGCCCUGGAAUCCCCUUACAUUUUACUCCUCAAAUCCCAUUUUUAUACAUUUCUUUUCCUCUGCAAAUGUAAAGCUAAAUCUAGAAGAAGGGUUCAAUGACAACAAAGAGAGAGAAAAAUAAAAGCCAAGUGAUGCAAAUGAAACAAUUGUUCACCACCAACUGAGUGAUGCCCAGCCAGUCCCCAAGCAGUGGCCCCCCUGCCAACCUACACCCUAGUUUUAUUGCUGAGCUUGACAUCAUAUCGUAUGGAAUAUUCUUUUGGUCAGUUGGGGUCAGCUGUCCCAGCCAUGUCCCCUCGCACCUAUUUGUGCACUUCUACCUUACUCACUGGUGGGGCCAUGUGAGGAGUAGAACAGGCCUUGAUGCUGUGUAAGCCAUGCUCAGCAGGAACUAAAACAUGUCUGUGUUAUCAACACU